CCAUAGGAUAGCGCAACAACCAUUUCUUAAUUACUUGACUCAAAUCUUGAACAAAUUCAUCAAAAUCCUACAGGCUUAAUUACUUCAGAGUAUGCUUCAAGAUCAGAUGUUUUGAUGAAUAAAUGGUAGUGUACUUGGGAUCCAUCAUGGUUGCAGCAACAAACUUCUACCCUCCAAACAAUGCCCUCUCUGGUAAUGCAAGAAGGUGGUGCAUUCCUCUUUUCAAGGCACUUUAAUUUCCCUACUGACAUGGAUUUUCUUGGAGUUUUUUUGGUAAUUUCUCUAGCCACAUAUCAAGGACAAUUCGAGGAUAUGUAUGAAGGUGGAUGGAUGGAGUACUGCUUCCAGGAUCAGUUUGUUGCAUAUCUGUCCAUCAUUUUGGAGUUGGGAAAAACACUCUUCGUGGAUGCAUAAUUGAACUGAAAGGGUGGUAUAUGAAGGCUAGCAGGGGAAAAAGUUACUAGUUAGUGGCUGCUUUAGGGGAUCAUUCCAAAAAGGAAUUGAUUUGCUAAUUACUAUGAUGGUGAUUCAAGAACUUAUUUUUGACAAUUUAUUGUUGUUGAGAGUUUCUAGCCUUGCCUAGAGAGGCACUUUGUAAUUAAUCUUGACAUUUCAA